AUGUUUUCACAGGAGGUGAGGCGGGCCGCCCAAAGAGUGGCAGCUUCCUGGCUCUUCGAGGCGUUCUUUGCCGCGGUGAUUGCCAGCAACUCCAUUUUCAUCGGCAUCAGCAUCGAGUGGGAGGCUCGUGAGCGUACACUCACCCUGCCCGGCCCGCUCUUAGUGGUGCAGUUCGGGUACACCGUUCUAUUCAUUUCUGAGCUUAGCAUCAAGUUGGUGGCCCAUGGCCCCCACAGGUUCUUUUGGUCCUUGCACUGGGCUUGGAAUUGGUUUGAUGUCGUCCUGGUGGCCACUGCAGUCUUUGAGUGCAUCAUAGAGGUGGUUGCGCAAGAUGAGCAGGUCGCAGGCUCCAGCAGCAAUCUCCGGAUUUUGCGGAUUUUGCGCAUGACUCGGAUUACCCGCAUCUUUCGCGUCAUCAGGGUGGUGCGGUUCUUCCGCUCUUUGCGCACACUUGUAUUCUCUAUUGUGAAUACUCUCAAGUCCCUGUUUUGGGCGAUGCUGCUGCUUGCACUGAUCAUCUAUGUCUUUGGCAUUUUGCUUACAGAUGUUGCAAACAACUACAUUGUAGACAGCCCUGGCAGCGAGGCCAACACAAUGCUCGAUCAAUAUUUCGGGAACUUGCACGCCUCAUCGCAGACCCUCUUCAUGUCAAUAUCAGGGGGGUUGACAUGGGUAGAGGCAGCCAGAGCGUUGAAUCACAUCAGCUUGGUUUGGGUGUAUUUGUUCACCUCGUACAUUGCAUUUUGCUGCUUCGCGGUCCUGAAUGUCAUGACAGGGGUGUUUUGCCAAUCGGCCAUCAAAGGCGCCGAGCGAGACCAGGAAAUGGUUGUGCAGAGUUUGCUGAUGGACAAGCAGCACUUAAAGGAAAGCGUUUCAAAGCUGUUUCAAAAGAUGGACGAUGACCAGUGCGGGAAAUUGAGCCUCCUGCAAUUCGAGAAGCACUUCGAAGACGAAGAAGUUCGUGUACUCUUCGAGGCCCUUGAAAUCGGCGCCACUGAUGCUUGGACACUGUUUUGCAGCCUUGACCACAACGAGGAUUAUCAGAUCGAGCCUGAAGAGUUCCUCGAAGGCUGCAUUCAGCUCCGUGGCGCUGCCAAGGCCAUCGAUUUGUGGAUGCUCCGCAGGCAGGUGGCAAAGAUCAUGCAGUACCUUUUAGUCCCCGAGUCGACUCUUGGAGCAGCGCUGGAUGAUACUGCCAAGUCGAAUCUAGUCGUUGCAUGA